AUGAGUUGGACAGAUAUAGAAAGAAACCUGAAGGAGAACAGCUUUUGGAAGAAACAUGUACUUUUGCGGCAAAAUAUAUUCAAGUUCGAGAAGAUGUAUGUUACACGAAUAAAGUACGCAUAUUAUGGAUACACUCCAAGAAUAUAUAUUUCGCACCUUCUACAUUCGAGCACGUAUCCCCCAUUUUCACCCGAAGAUAUCAAAUAUUUGUGUAUAGAUUAUGUUUUACAAAGUAAAGUUGGUGAAGAUAUCAUUGUAAAUACAAUAUUUCAUAGCGUGGCUAGAAGACUUGGUCUACGUUGCGAUGUACUAUAUAUUGAAGAUGGAUUCUGUAUAUUUUGGAAAUCAAAAUUAGUCACGAAUAAUUUUGAAAAUGCAGGAUGUUUUUACACACAAAAGUAUUUCCCCGGGUAUCGUGUUAUUGAUAAUCUAUCAGAAUACAUGUCUGUAAGACCAUUCGCAAUAACAAUUACAAAGAUGUUGGAGUCCAUAACACAUAUCGUUAGACAAUUUAUAAUGCGACAUAUAAUAAAUGCUUUGCAAUUAAUCGAAGUUAAAUGCAUUAUCCAAAAACCUUCGAUAUGAUUAAAAUGUAUUGCAAUCAUAUUAUGAUGAUAGGUAUUAUGAGUGCAAGUUAUAUACAUAUAAUGCAAAAUGUGAGUAAUUAUAUUAAUUUAAGCAUAUUCAUGUAUACUCAUAAUGACAUUUUUUGCAAACAGUUUCAAGAUAUCAUAAUAUGUCUGUGUUUUGAGUAGCAUAUGAGCCUGCAUCUGUGUCUAUUUUUGUCAUCAUGUUUUAAAAAAUAUGAGUACAAUAUGAGUAAAGUACAUACGCGCACUAACAAUCGCAUAUUAGUAUAUAAUAUAUACAAUUGUAAACAUAUUGAACACUGUGAGAUUUUUUUAGAUAACAAUUCUUUUAGAUAACAAUAUGUAUAAUCUACAAUUUUUUAUAAUUUAACGUGGUUAAGUGUUUAUUGAGACAUUUA